GAAAGGCUAGAUUCCGUCCAGGGCCGCCACAACCGUCUCGCGUGGGAUGCGCGUGUGGUCCUCCGAAGUGGGUGCGUUUAGCUUUCGGGUGCCAUUGCGACAGAGUUUACGAUGGAGUCAAACGGUCUUGAACCACGAUCGAUGGAGUAAAACCUUGGUUGAGUGUAAUGGGUGCUUGAUGCGGUCCAGAGUCCUGGUGGGGGAAAGAGGUCAUAGCAGAAUUCUAUGGAAGGUGGGUUUGGGUGGAUAUUUGGAGCCUUUGUGUACGGGCCACUCCUUGGAGGCGUAGCGGGUUUGCGACUCAAGGGUGAUAGCUCCUUCUAGUUCCUGCAGCUUCGGGCCGGCGAUUGAGACGUCUGCAUUGUGCGUGCGAAGGAUGCUAGUUUGUUCGUCAGAAGGCUCUGGCGCUUUUACAGUCGAGGGUUGUGCUAUUGUAGCAGGUGGGACGAAUUUCUGAGCUGUGGGGUGUGGACAGCUUCAGUCUAGAUUCAGAACGCACUGGAAGGUGGACCGAGGGUCCCAUCUGUUUGGUUGUGUGAAUGUGAGGGGUGUUGGUCGUAGGAUUUUGGGUGGAUUGUAAGGGUGCGGUUUUCUCCGAGGAUUGCAGUGUGGCAUCAGUAGUGAAGUUUGGGGGGUGAAGUCGCGGCAUUGGAUGGAGGAAGGAGGUUGUGGCGGGUGAGGUGUGGCAGUGGCGGCUCAGAGACGGUCCACGAGUGUGUUGCUGUGAGAGGGAGGUUGGGCAGGUGUGAGUGGCGAGUAUGGGGAAGGAGGGGUCUUCGUCGAUAUGGAGACGGAAGCAGGUGCAUCAGACGCGACACGGCGGGAUUCAACUGGCUAAGCAUCUUAAAAUUGCUGACCUUGUCUCCAUAGGGAUUGGAUCUACGAUUGGCGCGGGGGUGUACGUGCUGGUGGGCACUGUAGCGAGGGAGCGAGCUGGACCGGCGCUCACACUAUCUUUCUUGAUUGCGGGCAUUGCUGCAACACUUGCUGCCCUUUGCUAUGCGGAGCUCUCAAGCCGGUGCCCUUCUGCUGGCAGUGCUUAUCAUUAUGCGUACACAUGUGUCGGUGAAGGAGUCGCGUGGGUCAUUGGUUGGGGACUCAUCUUGGAAUACACAGUUGGCGGCUCCACAGUGGCGCGAGGAAUUUCCCCUAACUUGGGCGUUUUUGUUGGAGGCGAAGAAAACUUGCCAUGGCUUCUGAUGCGGCAAACUAUACCCGAAACAGAGAUAGUUGUCGACCCAUGUGCUGCCUUUUUGGUGCUGGUUGUCACGGCUCUGCUUUGCAUUGGUAUUCGAGAGAGUGCAAGGGUGCAAGCGGCUAUGGUAGUCCUCAACAUAACCGUUCUGCUCUUUGUUGCGGGUGCUGGUUCCUAUGCAGGCUUCAGAAAUGGCUGGAAAGGUUACGAGCAACCUGACGGGUACGCUCCAUUUGGAAUCAAUGGAGUGCUCGGAGGCGCUGCGACACUUUUCUUUGCAUACAUUGGUUUCGACACUGUUGCAAGCACUGCGGAAGAGGUCAAGAAUCCUCAGCGCGACCUUCCCCUUGGAAUUGGGCUGGCAUUAUUCAUUUGUGCAGGCCUCUAUAUUUUGGUUUCUGGCGUCAUCGUGGGUCUUGUUCCCUACAAUAUGAUGGACCCGGAUACACCCAUGUCUACUGCCUUUGCGGAGAACGGCAUGCCCUGGGCCAUGUAUAUUGUUGCUGCUGGUGCCGUUGCAGCUUUAGCUACAACUCUCAUGGGAUCUUUGUUACCUCAGCCCAGAAUUCUGAUGGCUAUGGCGCGUGACGGUUUGCUCCCACCUUUCUUCUCCACCGUUCAUCCCAAGACUUCUGUGCCAGUCAAUGGCACUUUGUUGACAGGAGCUAUUGCGGCACUCAUGGCAUUUCUGAUGAAUGUCGAUGAACUUUCUGGCCUGGUCAGUGUGGGGACCUUGUCGGCCUUUACCAUCGUGUCAGUUUGCCUUCUGGUGCUAAGAUAUGUCUCCCCUCCAGAUACGUCCAAGCCAAUUGUCUGUACACGCACGCCAGAGGGACUUCCAGUCGUGCCUAAGUCUCCCUCGAGGCCAAUUUUUACUAGCCAGUAUCCCAUCUUUUCGCCAGUACUGACAAUCUUAUCGGAAGCAUCCUUGCACACUUUGCCUGAACGCAGCAUUGUUGGAGACUAUGCCUCAUCGGCUAGCAGCACGGGAUCCGUCUUGCAAGAUGAGACUGAAGAUCUGGAAGAGGAUGCGCCGAUGGCUGAAUCACCCCAGAGCUCCACCAGGAUCAACCUCCAGGACCCAUUACUGAUACCGGAGCAACUGCCUAACACAUCCGAAACAAGCAGGGAGGAAGCAAGGCGGCGUGUAGCUAGACUAGCGAUCUGCGGGGUUCUUAUUGGAGUCGUGCUAAUUAGCUUAGCGACUGCAGCUACUUCUCUUCCAGUGUUGUUGCGAUGGGCGUUAGGGUCUGCGGGCAUCCCAAUAUUCGUUACUGCAUCAACCCUUCUGUGCUUGAUUGAGCAAGACAAUGGACAGGAUAAGUUUGGACAACCUGGAGGUUUCCACUGCCCAUGGGUGCCAGCACUGCCAAUUGCAAGCAUACUAGUGAACGUUUAUCUGCUGGUCAAUUUGGGGGUUCAAACAUGGUUGCGAGUUUCCGUGUGGAUGGUUCUGGGCGUUUUUGUGUACAUGUUCUAUGGAAUGCGCCACAGUCGGCUUGCUCAAGGAUCUUCAUCUAAUGAAGGUCAGGCCGAUUAUAAGAAGCUGGCCGCGUUGGAUCCACCUUUACAUUGAAGAGGUUGCAGGCAAGGGAAACGUCUCCAACGUUAUCUCAGAGGUGCUGGUCAUCGAAGGAGUGUGCCCACGUCAGGAAGCUACGGCGAAUGCUUAUAGAAUCAGGCAAAUGACACCGUAGAAUGAAGAAGUGUGGCCUCCAAAGGUUGGUCGAGAUUCAUCCCAAUUUUACCGACACCAACAAAACUUUCAAAAGGCCCCACAUACCGACAUGUUAGUGCAUCUCCACCGUGAUCCUUGAAACUAUGUGAACCCUAAAGUUUGACGUGGCUUAUUGUUCUAUUAUUGCCCAUCCAUGACUUGGCAGCUCAAACAGCACUUUACUUUUAGUUUUGACCAUUCCAAUCCAAACAAGGCAAGUUUGGUGGGGCUUGCUAAAAGUAGUAUGAGAUUAUUUUUAUACUCAAGGAAUCAAUAGCAUGAAACAUCUCAAUACAAAUUCUGUCAAUUGUCAAAUUUUGUUGUUAUUAUGAUAUGCAACCAAUUUCAGA